ACGGCUUUUUUCCGACGCCAAGGGGUGCUCAUCUUCCCUUAUCUGGACAACUGUCUGCUCAAAGGCACUUCGGCACAUGAGGUCUCCCGCAUGGUUCACCUCACGAUGCAAGUCUUCCGAUCGCUCGGACUCCUCCUCAACGAGCAGAAGUCCGUCUUGCAUCCCACUCAGGACAUCGAGUUCAUUGGGGCCCGUCUGGACUCACUCGCUGGCAGAGUGUUCCUACCGUUGCGGAGGUUUCAAGCCAUCCAGGACCUCAUUUGCACCAUCACCAUGAGCCCCACCGUUCCACUCAUCACAUGUCUCAGACUCAUGGGCCACAUGGCCGCCACAACGUACGUCGUGAAAUACGCCAGACUACACCUGUGUGCCCUUCAACACUGGCUGAGCCUCGUAUGCCACCACACCAGAUACGACCUCCACAGGCCCGUUACACCGCCACCGGCCGUUCUUCAAUCAUUCCGAUGGUGGACCAGCCACACAAACCUGCUGUCGGGCGUACCAUUUCACCCGCAGCAGCCUCUCCACCAAAUCACAAUGGGCGCCUCCUUACUAGGCUGGGGGGGCCCACAUGGGUUCCCUCUCGGUACAAGGCCAAUGGUCCCCACAAGAAGCAAGGUUGCACAUAAACCUUCUAGAGCUUCGUACUAUUUUCAACGCAUGCAAGGCCUUCCUCGUCCACAUUCGAAAUACCACUGUGACGAUACUUACAGACAAUAUCGUAGCCAUGUACUAUGUAAAUCGCCAGGGCGGCGCUCGCUCCCGUUCCCUGUGCACGGAAGCUAUCCGCUUUUGGAACUGGUGCAUUCACCACGGGGUGACUCCUUUGGCAUCCUACUUACCUGGCACCACAAACGUGACAGCAGACUUUCUGAGCAGACACUUCCACUCAAAACAUGAAUGGGAAAUGCACGACGGCAUAUUAUGCGACAUCUUCCAACGUUGGGGGACUCCCUGAGUGGACCUCUUCGCAACUCCCGCCAACGCAAAAUGCCACAAGUUCUGCACCAGAGCGGGCCUGGGCUGCGCAUCUCUAGGGGAUGCCUUCCUCGUGACUUGGCGCGGACCCCUCCUUUAUGCAUUUCCCCCCAUACCUCUCAUUCCCAAGGUCCUUCAGAAGCUGACGGCGGACAGGGCUACGAUAAUCCUCAUAGCCCCAGAUUGGCCUCGCCAGCACUGGUUCCCAUUCCUGCAUCGCCUCUCCGUACGAACACCGAUCCGCCUUCCGCCUCUCCACGACCUCCUCACACAAGCCCGAGGACGCCUGAAACAUCCCCAGAUACAAAUGCUGAACCUAAUAGCAUGGUUCCUAACUGGCUGAACCCAGGUGAAUCUGUUUGUUCUGCCGCAGUCCAAAACGUCCUAGUACAGAGUAGGCGACAAACCACGAGAAAAACUUACCUCCACAAGUGGCACGGAUACUCCUCCUGGUGUACCUCGAACCACCACGAUCCGGCACGUCCGUCCAUUUCCUCCGUACUGGACUAUGCACUGCACCUAAAAAACAAGGGUCUUGUGUUAGCCUCCAUCAGGGUGCACCUCGCAGCAAUAUCGGCAUUUACAUCACCUGUAGAUGGCGUUUCUAUCUUCGCCCAUCCUACGACUAAACGAUUUCUCAAGGGCCUUAUCAAUAUGGACCCACCACGCAACCCAGUCCCUCCUGUGUGGAGCUUGGAUGUGGUACUCGAUGCCCUAAUGAGGCCACCGUUUGAGCCUCUGGUGACCGUAUCCUUACGAUUCCUCACCCUGAAAACGGUUUUCCUGCUCGCAAUAACCUCUGCACGCAGGGUUAGCGAGCUUUCCGCCAUGAUGGCCAUUCCACCAUAUACGAUUUUCCGUAGCGAUGGGGUAGUCCUACGAUUACAUCCGAGGUUCCUACCCAAAAUUGUCUCCAAUUUCCACGUUAACGAACCAGUCAUCUUGCCAACCUUUUUCCCAAAGCCCCAUGCCUCGCCACGGGACGUGGCCCUACAUUCCUUGGACAUCUGCAGGGCCUUAGCGUUCUACAUAGAUCGUACUAAACCGUUCAGGCUUACGGACCAUUUAUUCGUCUCCCUGACACACAGGUCAAAGGGUCAAUGCCUAUCUUCCCAGAGAAUCUCCAAUCUCAUAACGGCAUGCAUAGUGCAAUUGUACGCAGCAAGAGGGUUGCCCCUUCCGUCCCAACCACACGCUCAUUCCACUAGAGCCAUGGCCAUAUCUACAGCGUUCCACAGAGGCGUAUCUCUGAAGGACAUUUGCAGAACGGCGGCCUGGUCCUCUCAUGGGACCUUCGCUAAGCAUUAUUCUAUCUCUCUCUCUCAUUCGGAUGGGGCAGUGGCGACUGCGGUGCUCUCCACAUGCGUGGUCCGGCCGGAUACUGCUACUGAUAAGUCUCCGUCUGCGGCGCCGGGGCAAGCCCAGCACCCAUAGUGGAGCACCCGCGGGGACACCACCUCGAAGAACGACAGUUACUGCACCGGAGCUGCCAAGCAGUUUUCUUCUUCGCCCUUCUGCCGGUCACCCACAAGCAGAAGAACCCUGUGUUCCUGGUAGUGAAAACAUCCACAAGGAAUGGGCGACAGCUGCCGGCUUAGAUAGCAGCACCUCCUUACAGCUAAUUCUCCAAUGUGAUGCUGACCACACCCAAAAAUUGUGUUUAACCAUAGCUAGCUCAAGUGAAACAAAAAAACACAUUUUACUUAUCUGCAUACUUACCUAAGCUGCCUUCAUCGCUGGAGGAGCAGUGUCUCCAUAUGCUACAGGUCUGGCCUUCUAUUGGGCAGGACUCAAUUUUGCCUCACCUGAUGUGACCUGGCAAAGGAAGAGGGUUCCCUGCUAAGGGGCAAUCACAGUUCACCUGGUGGUUUGCUUCACCUGAUUGUAUGAAGGGGCAAGUAGUCUCUUCAGUCUCUCCAAAUGGAGAAAUCUGUAUCAAACCCAAAGCUGUGAAAUAGCUUUGGCUACAUCCCAUCUCUGAGUGUGAGCUCAAUCUACAAAAGCAGAAGGCAUGUCCAUAGCAUUCUUCAGGACUGCCAUGUGAUCAUCCAUAUGCACAUUUACUCCAUCUUCCAGGGCACGGUUGUAAGCUGUGGUAGGUUGGUCCUGUAGUCCUUUUGUAGGUGGACUCUAAGCUCCACCUCCUCAUGGGAGAUACUGUGAGGGAGUCACUUAAGUAGAAUUAUGGCACAAAACUGAGAACUGGUUACAGUAAUUCCUCAUUUAACAUGAUAGAUGCAUUUCUGAAAAUGUUUGUGCUAAGCGAAAACAAGCUAUGUGGGGUCAAUUUUCCCAUUAAAAAUAAUGGAAAAGGUGGGGGUUGCAUUUCAGAUGGCAAUGGCAAAGUCAGUUUUUUGUUGGUGUUAGAUCUUUAGCAACACAAGUCACUGCAGUUUGUUAAAACACAAAGAUAAUCACGAGUGAAGGGA